GUACCCGCCUCUCUCUCUCUCUCGCGCCUCAGGUCGUCGUUCGGUAGCUGUGAGGACUCAAGCCCAGAGGCGGAGAUGGUGGCAAAGCAGCGGAUUCGCAUGGCCAACGAGAAGCACAGUAAAAACAUCACCCAGCGGGGCAAUGUGGCCCGGAGCACCAGACCCCUUCAAGAGGAGAGGGCUCCAGUAGCCCCCUGGUUGCUGGCAUUGUUUGUAUUUGUGGUCUGUGGAUCAGCCAUUUUCCAGAUUAUUCAGAGCAUCAGGAUGGGAGCAUGAAGGACAGUCAGGCCAGCAGUAAUGGUUUUCUCCUUCAGCCACGGUUAUUUUGUUUCUUGGACUCCUGACCAACUCCUGACUACCCCCUCUCGGACUGCACUGUGAUAACUUUCUCGUCUUACCAAGUUGCCGACACCGAAAAGCCUGCAUCCUUAAUCAGUAUUUUGCAGCAAUAAUCAAGGCGGGUGCACCUCGUAGACGGCUUUAUAUAUCGAAGUAUGGAAUAUAUAAUAUAAAUUACAGAGAAUCAAAGCAUCAUGAAUUCCUCUGACUGCCUCACUGGCAAAACUGAACAGUGUUCCAGGUCUGCAACAGCACACAUUCCAGCUUGUUCAAGGUCUGGUUCCACAGACCAGCUGCCCGUUUAUGUAACUGCAUGGCCUCCCUCACUAGCAUUACCCCACAUACCCGCCCAAAGGACCCUGAAAUCGCAGCUAGUGUUUUGAACUUUGUCUUUUCCUUCGGUCUCAGCAGUCCUGCAUUGCCCUUGGACUCUGGCCCUGGAUUGCAACCCCUUCUCCAACCUGUUCGCUCCUCUGAUCUUGUAGUUAAUCAAUCUGUUUUAUACUUCUUUUUAAAAAGUCCAUUUAAUGAGAUACACGGGACCAACAUUGAAGCAAUGAGACCUGUCUUUUUAUAUCAAACCUUCCAGUUAUGAUCAGGUGGUUUACACUGUCAUAACACUUGAUCUUUCCUUGUGGAUCUCGAAGAAACAAGCCACUGUCUGCAUGUAAACAGAUGGGGACUCGUAUAGAUCAGAGGCUAGCACAGAUACCAUGGCCCAUCAAGCCAGCCACUCGCUGUGCUUCCUCUUUCCUGGGGCAAUCCUCGGCCCUUUCCAGAGGAUAGUGUGCACUAAUUCUUUAUAAAUUCACCAUUUUACUGUCCAGCUAAGCAGCUUUCAGAUGCCCCGGCAGUGGGGAGCUAUGUAAAUGUAGGUUAAUUUUGUAUUUUGUCCCCUUACCCAGCCCCGUUUUUUCCACUGCUUUGAUCCUGAAUCCGAUGCGCGGUAUCUGAUUGGAUACAAAUCUCCAAGUGCAUUGAACACAUUCCAGUGAGCUUAGUGGUAGGCUCCAAUCUCAUCUUCCAGUUGGAAUGAGCCUCAUUCCAGCCACUUGGUGUGCCACAAGACCAUGUUACUCCAAUAGGCUGACAGGACAUAAUACACACUCGCUGAUGUGGAAGGAACACUUUGUGUUCUUGUUGAGAGUGGUGUAAAGGGAGCUUUACUCUGUAUCUAACCCUGUGCUGUCCCUGUCCUGGGAGUGUUUGAUGGGGACAGUGUAGAGGGAGUGUUACUCUGUGU